GUGAGCGGCUGUUCCUUUUUAGGAGAAAGGACGGCGGCAGGAAUGUUGAAAGUUUGCGUCAGUGUUGUUUUGGGUGGAUGGGAAAUGACGUUUGUAGAUGUUCUGGAAAGAGCUAGGGCUUUUUUUUUUAACCCAGGCGGAAUGGGUUUUUAUAUAAAGUCAGCUGCAGUCUAGGGAGAGCGAGAGAGAGCUGUUUUGAGAGCGACCGGUCACUGCCAGGAGAGAGGUCUGCUUUAAUUAUCCACCCAGCAGAGCCUUUUUCGCCUGCUUUUCUGAAGGGCAGCCCCGCAGUCUUUUUUUUUUUAAUUUGUUUUCGCGUUUUGCACUGUACGAUGGGGAAGGAUUAUUACAGUAUCCUGGGCUUGCAAAGGGGGGCUUCCGAAGACGAGGUCAAGAAGGCUUAUCGCAAGCAAGCCCUGAAAUGGCAUCCGGAUAAGAACAAGUCGCCCACCGCCGAGGACAGAUUCAAGGAGGUGGCCGAAGCCUACGAGGUCUUGAGCGACCCUAAGAAGAGGGAAAUCUACGACCAAUUCGGGGAAGAAGGUCUGAAAGGAGGAAUUGGUGGGAACGAUGAUCAGGGCGGGACGUUCCGUUACACGUUCCACGGAGACCCCCACGCCACCUUUGCCGCCUUCUUCAACGGCGCCAACCCCUUCGAGAUGUUCUUCGGGAGGAGGAUGGCAAACGGCCAGCACGAAGAGUCCAUGGACGUGGACUCGGACAUCUUCGGCCACUUUGGGGGCUUCAGCAUGAACGGCUUCCCCAGGGAGCGGCACAGGGGAGGGAUGAUGGGGCCGAUGCAACGUAAACAGGACCCCCCCAUCAUCCACGACCUCAAGGUGUCCCUGGAGGAGAUCUUCAACGGCUCGACCAAGAGGAUGAAGAUUUCCAGGAAACGCCUCAACCCCGACGGCAGGACCGUCCGGAUGGAGGACAAAAUACUGACCAUCGAGAUUAAAAAGGGUUGGAAGGAGGGAACUCGGAUCACAUUCCCAAAGGAAGGCGACGAAAUGCCCAACACUAUACCGGCAGAUGUGGUUUUUGUACUGAAGGAUAAGCCUCAUCCCCACUUCAAGAGGGAUGGAUCAAAUAUUGUCUACCACGCUCGGGUCAGCCUACGGGAGGCCCUGUGCGGUUGUACAAUUCACGUUCCCGCAAUGGAAGGCAGGUCCAUCUCGAUAACGACCCAGGAGGUGAUCAAGCCGGGCGCGAGGAAGAGAAUAAGCGGCAGGGGAGUGCCGUUCUCAAAAAACCCCCACCAGCGGGGUGACCUGAUCGUGGAAUUUGAGGUCAGCUUCCCAGACUUCCUGAGCACGUCUUCCAAAGAGGGCUUGAAGCGACACUUACCCAUGUCAUAGACGUGAGGGUGGGCACAGCAAGUUGGAGUAACUCGGUGGGACAGGCAGCGUCUCUGGAGAGACGUUUCUGGGGUUGAGACCCUUGAGAGAUGCUGCCUGACCCGCUGAGUUACUCCAGCUUUUUGUGUCUAUCUUCCCUUUGAACCAGCAUCUGCAGUUCCUUUCUUGCUCGUAGAUGUGAGGACGGGUCCCUGCACACAGUGGAACCCUCACACUCUUGUACAUAGCGACACAACUGCUUUGAAGUACUGAGCCUGCACGCCCUGGGAAGAAGCAGCAAGGACUGUUUUCGAGAGUUUUCCCCAACUGCAAUAACUUGUUGUCAUGGUUCUUAAGGCAAGCUUUUCACUGUGUUCCGUCUGAUGCAAGCGUGGACGUUUUUGUACGUUUUUAAUUGUUUAUUUGGAUAUGAACGCUGGCUGACUUGAGAGACUAAACCCUUGAGAGAAUGGCAGCACAGGAUGGCGCAGUGGCGUGGCUGCUAGCGUCAGAGACCUAGGUUCGAUCCUUAUCUUGGGCGCUGCCAGCUUGGAGUUUACACGUUCUCCCUGCGACUGCGUGGGUUUCCUCUGGGUGCGCCCACAUCCUACAAAUGUGCGGGUUUGUAGGUCAAUUGGGCUUCUGUAAAACUGCCCCCAGUGUGUAGGGGGUGGAUGAGAAAGUGGGAUAACAUAGAACUAAUGUGAAUGGAUGAUCAACGGUCAGCAUGGACUUGGUGGGCUGAAGGGCCUGUUUCCAUGCUGUAUCUAUACUAUAAAUUCACAACGGGUUGGUCUUUUCAAGCUCUGCACAAGCUUGAGAUAAUUGAAAACGAUGUGGAUGAAGCCUAGGCACCUUUUAAUGCAUGUGUUCAUAUGCCCAUGAACCAAAUCUCUUUCACACUCGUCUUUGCUUUGACUUGUACUGGCUCCAGUUUAACAAUUCCUGAUUUUUUUGUUUUCAGUUCUGUCCAUUAUCUGUUACUUGUGAUCUGUUACAUACCCAUCAUGCUGCUCCAUUUCAGGCUUUUUGCUCAUCCCCUGUUACUUUCCCAAUCAUUGUCAAUUGCUGGCCCUUCUGCCAAACCUAAAAAAACCCGAAUUACAUCUUAAAGUCUCCCUGCCUUGAUCGUUCCUCCUUUAAGACUCUUCCCACAUCCCACGACCAGUCGUGUGGGGAGGAAAGACAUUCUUGUCCUAAUCUGAGGAAAGACAUUCUUGCCAUAGAGGGAGUACAGAGAAGGUUCACCAGACUGAUUCCUGGGAUGGCAGGACUUUCAUAUGAUGAAAGACUGGAUAGACUCGGCUUGUACUCGCUAGAAUUUAGAAAAUUGAGGGGGGAUCUUAUAGAAACGUACAAAAUUCAUGAGGGGUUGGACAGGCUAGAUGCAGGAAGAUUGUUCCCGAUGUUGGGGAAGUCCAGGACAAGGGGUCACAGUUUAAGGAUAAGGGGGAAGUCCUUUUUUCACACAGAGAGUGGUGAAUCUGUGGAAUUCUCUGCCACAGAAUGUAGUUGAGGCCAGUUCAUUGGCUAUAUUUAAGAGGGAGUUAUAUGUGGCCCUUGUGGCUAAAGGGAUCAGGGGGUAUGAAGAGAAGGCAGGUACAGGAUACUGAGUUGGAUGAUCAGCCAUGAUCAUAUUGAAUGGGCCGAAUGGCCUACUCCUGCACCUAUUUUCUAUGUUUCUAUGUCACCCACACUGGCUCCUUGUCACCCCAUUCCUGCAUCCACUCCCUACACACUGGGGGCAGCUUUUCGAGGCCAGUUAACCUACAGCUGGUAGUGCUGCCUGCCUCACAGCACCAGAGACCCGGGUUCGAUCCUGACUAUGGGUACUGUUUGUGCGGGAGUUUGUGCACUCUCUCUGUGACCACUUGGGUUUCCUCCGGGCGUUCCGGUUUCAUCCCAUAUCCCAAAGACGUACAGGUUUGUGGAUCAAUCGGCCCUCUGCAGGCAGGAAAUAUGUUCCUGACGUUGGGGGAUUCCAGAACCAGGGGCCACAGUUAAGGGGUAGGGGUAAUAAGGGGUAAGCCAUUUAGAACGGCGACGAGGAAACACUUUUUGUCACAGAGAGUUGUGAGUCUGUGGAAUUCACUGCCUCGGAGGGCAGGGAAGGCAGGUUCUCUGGAUACUUUCAAGAGAGAGCUGGAUAGGCCUCUAAAAGAUAGCGAAGUCAGGGGAUAUGAGGAAAUUGGAGAAACAGGGUACUGAUUGGGGAUGAUCAGCCAUGAUCACAUUGAAUGGCGGUGCUGGCUCGAAGGGCCGAAUGGCCUACUCCUGCACCUAUUGUCUAUUGUCUGUAAAAUUGCCCCCCAGUGUGUAGGGAGUGGGUGAGAAAGUGGGAUAACAUAGAACAUAGUGGUAACAUAGACUGAUAGUCAGUGUGCACUCGAUGGGCUGAAGGGCCUGUUUCCAUGCCGUACCUCUAAAUCAAACUAAACUAAACAAAUGCGAACAUGUUGACGUGAAUAUUCCAUUCAAGAAUGUGUUCUCAAAGAUGAAUUUCUGGGAUUCAGAAUGCACAGUGCUGUCGGCGUCAUAUGUUUGUGUGUUGUCACUUUGCCCAACUAUACAAUGUGUUUUUACCAGAUUAGCACUUUCGUACCGAAAUAUACUAUAUUCUUUAAAAAUAUGUUUCAACAUAGUGCAUAGUUUGAGCCCCCGAUUCUUGUCACUGUCAAUGAGCAGGGCAGGCGUUUGGAUAUAUGUCACUGCAUUUACUCAAAGCAGAUUGAUGGUUUUGUAAACUGGUGAACACACCUAGUAUGUUAUCCCAUUUCUGCCCCCCAUUCAAAUCUGGUGCGUCCAUUGCCUUGUGAUAGUUUCUUAAUAGGCAGCGUAGUAUUUUCAUAAGUUCUCGGAGCUGUUUAGGCCGUUCGGCCCAUCAAGUUGCAGAGAAAGCUUGAACAAGUUAGGGCUUUAUUCUUUGGAGCGCAGAAGGUUAAGGGGGGACUUGAUAGAGGUCUUUAAAACGAUGAGAGGGAUAGACAGAGUUGACGUGGAUAAGCUUUUCCCACUGAGAGUAGGGAAGAUUCAAACAAGGGGACAUGACUUGAGAAUUAAGGGACAGAAGUUUAGGGGUAACAUGAGGGGGAACUUCUUUACUCAGAGAGUGGUGGCUGUGUGGAAUGAGCUUCGAGUGAAGGUGGUGGAGGCAGGUUCGUUUUUAUCAUUUAAAAAUAAAUUGGAUAGUUAUAUGGACGGGAAAGGAAUGGAGGGUUAUGGUCUGAGCGCAGGUAGAUGGGACUAGGGGAGAAUACGUGUUCGGCACGGACUUGUAGGGCCGAGAUGGCCUGUUUCCUACUGUAAUUGUUAUAUGUUUAUAAGUCUAGUCCGCCAUUCAAUCAUGGCUGAUCUAUCUUUCCCUCUCAACCCCGUUCUUCUGCCUCUCUCCCCAUAACCCCUGACACCCGUACGAAUCAGGAAUCUCUGCCAUAAAAAAUAUCCAUUGACGUGGCCUCCACCGCCGUCUGUGGCAAUGAACCCCACAGAUUCGACCACCCUCUCACGAAAGAAAUUCCUCCUCAUCUCCUUUCCAAAGGUACUGUACAUGCUUUUAUUCUGUGGCUGUGCCCUCUGCUCCUGGGCGCUCCCACUCGUGGAAACAACCACAGUUGAGAAUCUAUUGCAAGGAACAGGACGUUUUGAGGUGAUUUAAUUAAAAGCAUGAAGCAAGUGAUGCAUUCUCUGCAGCCUCACAAUGUUGUUUGCCGUUUUAUUUGUGUAACUCAGUAACUGAAGUGGAUCUAACAAUACUGGUAGCAAUUACUCCGAUGCAAAGUCAAAAGCAGGGUUUUUAUUGCAUAUUGUCUGGAAAAGCAUUACUUGUUUGUUAAUAAAAUGCAACACAAACAUG